UGAAAUUUGAUAUUUCAGAUCUUGUGUAAACCGUGUUAUUACUUAUUAUUCCCACUUAAGCGUACAUAUCUGUCGUUCUAACCAGCAUAAUUGAGACCCGUACCUUUUAAAUUGAAUUGUGAGAGACCUGGGUUCUGAGUUAACAGUGGUCUCUAUAAAUAUGACUGCUCGUCGGCUAUUGAGCUCAGUACGUGAAUACAGCAAGACCGUACGCCGAGCUGCGAUAGUGACUGAAAUGUCGAUAGAUGAGAUUCGACGGGGGCCAAGGCCCACGAAACAGCUGUGCACAUCCCACAUCCGCAACAACAUUGAGAUGCCGACCAAGCUCCUAUCGAAUGCAGCAGUAAAGCAGCAGGAGAGCCCAACCCUGGAGAAGCUGGUCUUCGAUCCCAAGGGACUGGUCAACAACAACAAUGACACCGCAACGGACGACAAGGAUGUUAAUGCCGAAUUUGAGGCGGCCAUCAAGCAGCUAAACAUUCUGCAGUCGAACGAUGUUACAAUACGCAACUCAAUGGAUAAUCCCAGGGUGAACACAAAGGCGGAUACUCUCAAAUAUCUGGAGCGCAGCGGCCUGCCCCUGACCAAACUCGAGCAGCUGUCCUUCAUCCAUGUGGCGGGCACCAAGGGCAAGGGCUCAACCUGUGCUCUCACGGAAUCCCUGCUGCGUCACAACGGAGUUCACACAGGAUUCUUCAGCUCUCCGCACAUUGUGUACACCACUGAGCGGAUCCGGAUCGAUGGCCUGCCGCUGGCCAAGGAGAAGUUUACGAAGCAGUUCUGGAAGGUCUACAAGCGGCUGCAGGAGCGGCAGGAGUUCGAGCUGGACAUGCCAGCUUAUUUCAAGUUCCUCACGAUCCUCGCCUUUCACGUGUUCAUCGAGGAGCGUGUGGACGUUGCCGUGCUGGAGGUGGGCAUCGGAGGGGAGCAUGACUGCACCAACAUUGUGCGCAAUGUCCGCACCGUUGGGAUUGCCUCGCUGGGCCUGGAGCACACCGAGCUGCUGGGCAACACGCUCCCGGAGAUUGCCUGGCAGAAGGCGGGAAUCAUCAAGCCGGGUGCCCAUGUCUACACGCAUGUCAGCCAGCCGGAGUGCCUGCAAGUGAUCCGCCAGCGGGCGCAGGAGAAUCAGGCCAUUCUCCACGAGGUCCCCCCAACCCGGCACUACUUUCAGUCGAAUCAGUAUGCCCAGCAUUGGGACAACUUGAACCAAGUCGUUAAACUCAACGGAUCUCUGGCCAUUCAUUUGGCCACCGACUGGCUGUCCCAGACCAGUGGACCCCUCCACCGCGACUACACCCUCAACGAAGCAAAGCUCGAACCGGAGAUCCUGCUGGGACUGCUGAAUGCCCACUGGCCUGGCCGCUGUCAGCUGGUGGAGUACCGGGGCAUGCGCCUCCACCUAGACGGAGCCCACACCAUGGAGAGCAUGGCCGUGUGCACAAAAUGGUUUGCCGAGAGCAUCAGCCAGAGUUCCAGUCCCAGGAUUCUCAUCUUUAAUCGCACUGGAGGCUCGGAUAUCCGACAGAUGCUUAGCCUGGUGAAUCGCGCCUGUGCCUACGACAUGGUCUGCUUUGUACCCAAUUACGCCACCUCGAAUCCUAACGCUCCUAGCCAGGUGAUGGUCCGCUUCAGUCCCGAGCAGCGGAUGAUGCGUGUCCGCGACAUUGCCACACAAUGGAGUCAGAUGUGCACGCAGGAGAAGCAGCCCGAUCGCGGUCAGGUGUACAGCACCCUAACGGACGCCUUUACCUCCAUCCGGCAGCGCUUUGACACGGACAACGGCCACAUAGAGGUGCUCAUCACGGGCUCCAUCCAUUUGCUGGGCGCUGCCAUUUCCGCUUUAAACUACAUGGAUCAGUCGCAGACCUAAAACCUAACACCCCUCCUUGAGUUCAUUGACAAUAGCAUACCUUUCCUUACAGAUCUUUAGACAAUAAUUAUGACUACUAUGAAACCUUAAGUUAAAGCGAAUAGUGCAACCUAUUUUCCCAUUUCUAAAUUCUUAAAGAAUAAUUACAAAACUAUCAGUUAAUCAAAAAAAAAAA